CCCAUGGAAGCCACUGAAGCGGUGACAGCGGUAGUGACAGUCACAGAAGGGAUCACUGAAAUCGAUGGUUUUACUACUUCCCCCGUGGAAGCCACUGAAGAGGUGACAGCGGUAGUGACAGUCACAGAAGGGAUCACUGAAAUCGAUGGUUUUACUACCUCACCCGUGGAAGCCACUGAAGAGGUGACAGCGGUAGUGACAGUCACAGAAGGGAUCACUGAAAUCGAUGGUUUUACUACUUCCCCCGUGGAAGCCACUGAAGAGGUGACAGCGGUAGUGACAGGCACAGAAGUGAUCACCGAAGUCGAUGGCAAUACUACCUCCCCCGUGGAAGCCACUGAAAUCGAUGGCCUUACUACCUCCCCCGUGGAAGCCACUGAAGUGGUGACAGCGGUAGUGACAGGCACAGAAGUGAUCACUGAUGUCGAUGGCGUUACUACUUCCCCCGUGGAAGCCACUGAAGUGGUGACAGCGGAAGUGACAGGCACAGAAGUGAUCACUGAAAGCGAUGGCGUUACUACUUCCCCCGUGGAAGCCACCGAAGUAGUGACAGCGGAAGUGACAGUCACAGAAGUGAUCACUGAUGUCGAUGGCGUUACUACUUCCCCCGUUGAAGGCACUGAAGAGGUGACAGCGGUAGUGACAGGCACAGAAGUGGUCACUGAAAUCGAUGGCUUUACUACUCCCCCCGUGGAAGCCACUGAAGUGGUGACAGCGGAAGUGACAGUCACAGAAGUGAUCACUGUAAUCGAUGACCUUACUACUUCCCCCGUGGAAGCCACUGAAGUGGUGACAGCGGAAGUUACAGUCACAGAAGUGGUCACUGAAACUGAUGGCUUUACUACUAAUACUACUACACCAGGCGGCAGUGACAUGACAACAACCAUGGUGCCUCAAACUUGUGAGGGGUUCUGCGACCCGGACCGGGAGCGGUGUGUGACGGGAUCGGAAGGGCCAGAGUGCGAGUGCCUGCCAGGAUUCUAUAGAAUCACCGAGGACAAGACAAAGACGAAUGUCCAGUGUACAGAGGCGAUACUAUUCGAGGUCGACGCACGGAUCACGGAAAUUGAUUGGCAAACUGUCGAGUUCAGCGAAGAUUUGAGAAAUAGUUCCAGUGCAAGAUUCAUCCAUUUGGACGAUCUCAUAUGCAAUGCGGUGGCGUCUGUCCAGGAUUCUACCUCGGACUUUCUCGUCUGUCAGGUGACGUCAUUCUCCGAUGGCAGCAUCAUCGCCGCGAUCGAACUGUACUUCGACGAGCUAAGCAACGCCACGGAGAUCGAGGUCUACAAUGAGACGAUAGCGGCGUUUAUAGAGAACAACAUCACGGCUGAAGUCACCCGAGUUGAAUUGGUGGUACCAUCGAUUCCCACAACUGUGCCUGCAACUACCACAACUCAAACAGCAACAACUGCAACAACAGAACAUCGAACAUCUGGCAGGACUACUCACACGUCAAGUGGAACAGCAGGGUCAACAAGCGAGACCGAGUCUUCAACCACGCAGUUUGCUACGACGGCUAAACCAGCUAACAAUACAGCCGAUACGACUCUCCUGGUGCUGUACAUCUUAAUUCCCGUCGUCGCUCUCCUCCUCCUCAUCGCGAUCGGCUUCAUCCUCUACCAGAACAAGAAAGUCUCGGCCCAAUACGGUGCCUACAACCCCGGAGGCAAGAAAUCAAAGCACUCGAAGACAUCCAAGAAGGCCAAUGCUUCAAACAAGGACACAAACGGCCAUGUGAAUACUGCCUUCUACGAUGGAAUAGUGACCAGUGUAGACGAGUGCACCCAAACCUCGGGACCUCAGUCAUCGGGAGACGAUCGUCCCGACAACGGCGUGGUCGUCACGGAGGACAUCGACCACAUGGUGUAUCCUUACCCCUGGAACGAGCCCGGACGACUCGAGGGCGAUGAUGACGUCAAUGCGAUCUACGCGAAGGUCGAUCGAAAGUCCGCCAAAGAAGUGACGCAUAAAAACCCACCGGUUAUUGUCGAGAUCGAACUGAAACCGGUUGUGGUCGAGGAACCGCAAAGCCCGCCGGUUGACUGGGCCGCGGUAGAUCCUGAACUAGGCGCGGUUGAGAAAGAAACGUCAGUCACCGAAGCGGUUGAAAUUGAUUCAGACCAUAAUUCGGACGAUCAGGUUGCGGUAGACGGACAGGUGGGCGAUAACGAAAACGGGGAACACGAAGUGAAUAACACGGGCUCGCAAACCGAGGUCGACGAGGAACCCGACUACAUAGUCAUAGAAGGUUUUGAGCUCAACGCAUCUUCUUCCAACGACGGGUCGACGUCGAAAGACGAUGGAUCACUCAACCUCGACGCCAUUAGUUUAGAGUUGAUGUCAACGAUGGAAAACGAAAUGGACAAAAGACUUAAUAACAGGAGCACACCUUGUUGACCUUUGAACUGUGAUUCCCGGCAGGUCUUUCUGUUUCUUAGUCCUUAAAAACAUUAUUCGGAUCUAUAAAUAAUACAUAUUAAAAACUUUUCAUAUAAAAGAAUGUCAACGUGAAGGUCAUUAUCAUUGAAUGAUCUAAUUCGUUAUUAUUAUUUCUUGAUAUCAUUUUUCAUUUAUUCCUAUGAAUUAAACGUAUCAAAUGCAUUUGUAUCUGUUGUAUGUUUUUGAGAUGUUGGGACCCUAUGGAAAUCAGCUUUUGUUAUUAAAGGUUUUUCAUCCCAUGAGAGCAAAUGAUGAAUGAUUCAAUAAAUUAUGUCCAUUUGUAAGUUUUGUACAUAUAUUUUAUAUUUUAAACAACUUAUUGAUGUCAACUUAGAAUGAUGAUGCAAAAUAAGCAAAAUGAUGGAUCUACGAAACUGCUCGUAAAUGUAUUAAAAAAUAAAAACAAUAUUCCUUAAUGUUAAAAUAUUUUGCAAGCUACGUCACCAAAAUCGUUUAUUUCUACGUUUUAUUUUCAUACUUUCUGUUGAUAAAAUGUUUAUUUUAAAGAUAUAUUUCAAGUUUUACGAUUAAACUAUAUACGUUAUUUAUCAUUAAAUUAUAAAUGCUAAUACCGUUGUCACAGGUUUAAGAGAUAUUUAGAAUUUUAGACUAAUCAUAUUUGUGUUCAUUUUUAUGUAAGUGUAAAGACCGUUUUUGUAUGUAGGAAUAUUCUGUUUUUCUUCUGUAGGCGUACAUGUGGUUGCAUAUCAAACCAAUGUGUAUUACGAUAAAAA